AUCUAUUUAAACGUAUUCGAUAUUAUCGGGGGUGAGUUUCAAACAUUUACACAUCUCUAAAGGCAAUUUUGGAAAUACGCAAGCUGCUUCUAAAACAAUUUGUUUGUUUGUACAAUUGACGAGGUACAACCAACAACGAGUUUCGUAUGUUUGGGAACCAGCGUAAACGUGGAAUUUUAAGAGAUGAAAAUGAGAGGACGUAAAGAUUCCACGGUGAAUUCUGUACGCACCGACAAGAAUAUCAAGAAAGAGGAAGCAUUUCCCGUGGCGCUUUUCACUUGCACUCUAAAUAGGAGCCAUACACACUCCCACAUACAAAGCUCACUUCAAGAUAGCUUACUUGAGAAUGAAUUUGAAAAGGCAUCGGACUGUAGGAGUAACGUUUCCAACGCUAAAAAAACUCAACGAACUGGUGGACAAACAGUCCGCCAAGUCAGGAAAGGAAACCUAAAUUGUUUGAAAGGAAGCAUAAAAUCGCACGGAGACCAAGGCCAAGUUAAGGACGAAUCACCUGAAGAAGAGCUGACCUCUUUUAGAGACAACGUUCAAGCACAGAUCAAUGUGCCGGAUAGUGGAUUACGAGAUGAUGAUUGUGGUGUGGACCUCAACCAUGGGCCUGCUACUUAUAAUAAUAUUACGGUGAAUAGAAUUAAAAAGCAUACUGAAACCUUUUCAAAAGGACCAUGUCAUCAGCGUAAUUUGCGAGACCACACAAAAGGUCAACUGUUAAAAUGCACCUCUUGCGGUCUGUCUUUUGUACGGAAAUCGAUACUUAAGACACACCAGCGAUCCCAUACGGAAGAGGAACCGUUCAAGUGUUCCCACUGCUCAAGGAAAAUUUCACUGCAUUCACAUUUUGAAAGACACUUGAGAACUCUUAGAAAACAAUGCCAAUUGAAUGACAACCCACUUGAAGAAGAAAGUUUGAAGUUUGCCGAAGAAAUACUGACUUUGUUAAACGGCAACGAUCAUGAAGGGAUCGAGGUGAUGGCUAAUGAUUUACAAGUGGAUGGUGACUAUGGCGCUGGCUUCCAUCAACGAACUGGUGGACAAACUGUCCGCCAAGUCAAGAAAGGAAAACUAAAUUGUUUGAAAGGAAACUUGGAAUCGAACGGAGGCCAAGGCGAAGUUAAGGACGAGCCACCUGAAGAAUGUGUGUUUGACGAGGAAGUACUGACCUCGAUCGAUGUGCCGGAUAAUGAUUUACGAGAAGAUGAUUGUGGUGUCGACCAGUACCAAGAGCCUGCUACUUUUAAAAGUAAGGGAAAAAGAGUCAAAAAGCGUCACAGUUGCAAUUAUUGUCCUAAACAUUUUUCAAAGAAGUCAAGUCUUCAGCGCCACUUGGGAACGCACACAGGGGAUAAUCCGUUCAAAUGUACUUAUUGCGUAGAGUCUUUUUUUCAUAAAUCAAUACUUGAAACACACCUGCGAUCGCAUACAGGAGAAAAACCGUUCAAGUGUACCCACUGCUCAAAGGCUUUUACACAAAACUCACAUCUUCAGAGGCACAUGAGAACAGUCCUGCAAUCGCAAACAGGAGAAAGACCGUUCAAGUGUACCCACUGCUCAAAGACUUUUACACAAAACGGACAUCUUCAGAGGCACAUGAGAACAGUCCUGCAACCGCAUAAAGGAGAAAGACCGUUCAAGUGUACCCACUGUUCAAAGACUUUCACACAAAACUCACAUCUUCAGAGGCACAUGAGAACAGUCCUGCAACCACAUAAAGGAGAAAGACCGUUCAAGUGUACCCACUGCACAAAGACUUUUACACAAAACUUACAUCUUCAGAGGCACAUGAUAACAGUCCGAAACAAAAGUUUAGAAUGACACUCUAAUAUCUUUCUAUAUACAUAAUUAAACUCGUCAAAUACCAGAAAAUUUCAACAAAAGAGGGAAUGUUUCAAGCAGCUGUGAUUAACUGUAAACAUUUCAGAACCAAAAACAAAUAUAAUUUCAUUUUUCCUUGUUAA